GAAAAGCCCGUAUGAGGACGCAUCACUUCCUUUUUCUGCGGUGCUCCUCUUGAAUACCACAUGGUUGGUAAUUAAAAAGCAUCAAAAUGUCUGGAGGUUUGGAUGUACUUGCGCUUAAAGAAGAGGAUGUCACUAAAUUUUUGGCAUGUAAUGCCCACCAGGGAUCCACCAAUGUGGACUUUCAGAUGAUGCAGUAUGUUUUCAAACGCAAACCUGAUGGUGUCUAUAUCAUAAAUCUUAAAAAGACAUGGGAAAAACUUCUGCUUGCUGCACGUGCAAUUGCUGCCAUUGAGAAUCCAGCUGAUGUAUGUGUCAUCUCUGCACGUCCUUAUGGGCAGCGUGCUGUUUUGAAGUUUGCCUCAGCCACAGGUGCCACUCCUAUUGCUGGCCGCUUUACACCUGGUACUUUUACCAAUCAAAUUCAGGCAGCCUUUCGGGAACCUCGCCUGCUUGUGGUCACAGACCCACGCAUUGAUCACCAACCAGUCACCGAGGCCUCAUACGUCAACAUCCCAGUCAUUGCAUUUUGCAACACAGACUCCCCUUUGAGGCAUGUUGAUAUUGCCAUACCUUGUAACAACAAGGGUCAAAUGGCCAUUGGCUUGAUGUGGUGGCUUCUUGCAAGAGAGGUGCUUCGUCUUCGAGGAACCAUCAGUCGGGAGCAUCCAUGGGAUGUCAUGGUAGAUCUUUACUUCUACAGGGAUCCAGAAGAGGUGGAGAAAGAGGAGAAGGAGGCACAAGAGAAAGCUGGCAUUAAGGAAGAAAUGCCCGCUCAGGAGUCAUGGGCUGGAGAAGUAGCAGCCCCUGAGGUCAGCGACUGGGCCAGCGAGUCCCUGCCAGUUGUUGCAUCAGUACCCAUCCAACCAUUUGCCCAGCCUGCUCCUGCAGCCGCAGCGGCCACAGAGGAUUGGACCAUGCCUAAAGAAGAAGAAUGGACGCCAGCUGCUCCAGCUGAAAAUGAAUGGGGUGGCAGCGCACCCAGCGAAAACUGGGGCUAGACAGAAUUCACACUUUAUGGCAGUAGAGCAUGGACGUUAAAGUUUAUCACCAAAAGACUGCCAGCGUGUGGUCUGCUGACCACCAAAGGAAAAUAAAGUGAAUACAGUCCA